AUGAGCUUAAGAUUAUUCAACCCACGCGUUAUCAGCCGAGCUGCACUGCCUUCAACAAGCCGCACUUUUAUUCCUUCAAUACGUAGACUGCAGGACUCUAGCAGCGAUGCACCCGCCAACCCAAAGCUCGAGUCGAUCGUCGAUCAAAUAGCAUCACUUAACUUGGUUGAAGCUGCUGAUUUGGCUCAAUUGUUGAAGACCAAAUUGAACAUCCAAGACGUCGCCAUGCCUGCUGUUGCCGCUGCACCUGCUGCCUCUGCCGACGCCGCUGCUGAGGCCGAAGAGGACAAGCCAAAGGAGAAGACUAUAUUCUCAGUCAAGCUGGAAUCUAUUGAUCAGACCGCUAAAGCAAAGGUUAUCAAGGAAGUCAAGGCUUUGAAUCCAACCAUGAACUUGGUCGAGGCAAAGAAGUUCGUUGAAAGCGCACCACAAGUUCUUAAGGAGGGUUUGACAAAGGAGGAUGCUGAGAAGCUUCAAAAGGCACUUGAAGCCGCAGGUGCAAAGAUUGUCCUUGAGUAG